AUGAAACGCUUCGCACAGAUCGUCCACCUUAAACCCUCCGCCGUGGAAGCGUAUAAGGAAUGUCAUGCAAACGUAUGGCCAGAAGUAUUGCAGCAGAUCAAGGAUUGCAAUAUCACAGACUACUCCAUCUUCUUCGAUAAUGAGCGCACCCUCUUCGCGACAUUCAAAUACGUUGGCGACGAUUUCGAGGCCGAUAUGGCGCGAAUGCAAGCAAAUCCGAAAGUGAGGGAGUGGUGGGUCAUGACGGAUGGGAUGCAGGAGAGUCCGAUUCCUGGGGCAAUCGGUAGUGCAGAAGGGCCGGGGUGGUGGAAGCCCCUGGAGGAGGUGUUUCAUACGGAGUGA